CCUCGUCGUCCCCAUCUGGAUCCGUCUCCUCCUCCUCCAGCUUCGCCAUCAUCUCCCACCUCGCUUCCUCCCUUCCCACCUCCACCAACCGCCGCCGCUCGCCGCACUCCCCUCCCCUCCCCUCCCCUCCCGCCGCGGAGGCGGGGCCACCGGUCCCGAUGAACGCCUCGCAGUUCAUGGACAAGCAGAUCCUCGGCCUCGCGGCCUCCGCCUCCAACUCCAACUCCACCUCCGGCGGGGGCGGGGGCGGGGGCGCGGAGCUGCUCGAUCUGAUGAGCCCCAACCCGCAGGAGGAGGGCGAGGACCGGCUCCGCCGCCGCCACAGCUCCAACGGCAGCGCCGACGACGUACUGCCCAGCUACGACUUCCAGCCCAUCCGCACCACCACCGCCGCCGCCGCCGCCGCGGCGCCGGCCUCGUGGGGGUCCCUCGACUCCGGCUCCAAGGCCGCCUCCGCGUCCUACAACCUAAAGAGCGCUGGCAUUUUGGAGCCUCAUGUGCUAAAGAAAGUUAGCCAUGAGGAGGACAGGAGUAACUUUGGCGCGGUUACUAUGGCAGACAUUGAUCGAACCAUGAAGAAAUAUUCUGAUAAUCUAUUGCAUGCACUCGAAGGUGUAAGCUCAAGGCUUUCACAGCUGGAGGGUCAAACACACCAUCUUGAAAACUCUGUGGAUGAGUUGAAGCUAACAAUCGGCAACUAUAAUGGCAGCACUGAUGGAAAGCUGAGGCAACUUGAGAACAUGCUGAGGGAGGUGCAAGCUGGUGUGCAGAUUUUGCGCGAUAAACAGGAAAUUGUUGAGACACAGCUCCAUCUUGCAAAACUCCAGCCACCCAAGUCUGAUACCCCGUCAUUAGAAAAUGUUGGAUCUGCACAUACAGAUUCACAUCAGCAGCCAGUAGCUCCACAGCAGGCAACCAUUCAGCCACAGCAUCAAGCCCUGGCCUCAGCACAACCACCAGCACUUCCUGCCCCAAAUGCGCCACCUCCACCUCCAAUGCUUCAAAGCCAACCUCCAUCACAGUAUCCAGGCCAUCGGCCACAUUCACAGGUACCAUCAGGUCCUCCUGCUCCGGUUUCCUCAGUGCCAGCUUUACCACGAGAUCCCUAUUACGCUCAACCUGCUCAGCCGACUGAAACCAUGCACCAACAGUAUCAAGCCCCUCCAGUUCCACAGCCACAGGCCCCUCCAGCACCGCCUCAGCAGUACCAAUCUGCACCCCAAUUUCCUCAAUAUUCACAACCGCCUCAGUCUGGAAUGGUUAACCCUUCGACCCCAUUACCACCUGCUGCACCCCAGCAGCCAGAAGAAGCCAUGUCAUAUGCACCUCCACAGAGCUAUCCACCUAAUGUCCGUCCUCCUUCACCUUAUAUGCCACCAGCUAGUGGACCUGCCCCUCCUUUCUAUGGGCAAAACCCAAGCAUGUAUGAACCUCCUGCAGGCAGGCCCAACUCUGGUCCACCACCGUCUUAUGGUGCUGGUGGAUAUGGGCCACAGGGAGGAAGUGGUUUCUCUGAAUCAUAUGGUUACAGUGGAUCCCCUUCACACCGUGGCAAUGCCGGGAUGAAGCCAUCCUCCUCACCUUUUGCUUCCUCAGGGCCAUCUUCUGGAGGAAGUGGCAACUAUGGCAGGCUUCCCACAGCCCAAAUACUACCACAAGCAGUGCCUAUCAAUUCCAGCCCAAGUGGUUCCUCUGGCAACAGGGUGCCGGUUGAUGAUGUAGUCGAGAAGGUUGCGACAAUGGGAUUCUCAAGAGAGCAAGUGAGGGCAACUGUGCGGAGGUUGACUGAGAAUGGGCAGAAUGUGGAUCUGAACGUGGUGCUCGACAAGCUGAUGAACGACAGCGAUGUACAGCCCCAGAAAGGUUGGUUCGGUCGAUAAGUUGAGACGCGCUUUGGUGCUUGACGUACUCAUUCCCCACAGUUUGUGUAUCAUACUAUUGUAUAUGCUCUGUGAUAUCCUUCUUGCCCACAAUCUCAGAAAAUUCGUCAGAUUUUAUAUGGCCUUAUGAAAGAACUGGACAGGAAUUAUUAGGUUUGCUGCGUGGCCUCCGUUGUUUA